AUGCAACAGGAACCCACAGCAACCGAGACAGACUCGGUGAGAGCAUCAGAUGCGCCGUCACGAUGGGCGCGGAUGGGGGUCCACCUCAACUUGAGACCGGUGGAAGAUGACGAGCCUCAGUCUUGGUGGAUAGCAUCCACGGCUAUUCCGCUCCUCGCCGCCGCAACGGGACCGCUGGCCAAUGUCAUGUCGGUCGUUGCGCUAGUCAUGCCGUGGAGGAGUGACAUUCUUUCGGAAACAGUAGGGCCUGCUGGAAAUUGGAUCCAGGAAGGAUACCCGGACCCCCAUUGGAUUACUGCCCUCAAUGCAGUUUCCCUUGUGUGUGGAAUUGUGGGCAAUGCCUUUCUACUGUUCAACUUCACCCAGAUCGUGCGCUAUAUCGUUGCUCUGCCGGUGACGAUUAUCCUGUGGUUUCUGGCCACGGGUAUUCUAUGUGGAAUCACCAUAGCCAUUGAAGUGUAUGCCCCGCCAAUUGGAGAUGACCGGAUUUUCUCCCAGGCAUAUUGGAGUGCCGUUAUUGCGGCGUGUCUCUAUUUCGUCUUGAGCUUGAGUUUGAUGAUCAACAUGCUAGGCUAUAUUUUGGGCAAAUAUCCACAGCACUUUUCGUUGACGGACGAGCAACGGACAUUGAUCUUGCAAAUGACUGCCUUCGUGAUUUGGCUCUUAAUAGGCGCCGCCAUCUUUCAGCGGGUAAUUGGGAUCUCUUUCGCGGAUGCAUUAUACUUCUGCGAUGUCACUGUCUUAACCUUGGGUUAUGGUGAUAUUACUCCUACAAGCUCUCUCGGUCGCGGUCUCAUCUGGCCAUAUGCAGUCAUUGGAAUAAUUAUUCUUGGUUUAGUUGUGGGGAGCAUUCACAAGUUUGCCCGCGAGGUUCAUUACGACAAUGUCAUUCAAAAGCAUAUUGAACAGAAGCGGCAGGUGACUUUCAACCGGUCCAUUAAUACCGAGGAGUUCUGUGCUUCCAAAGGAAAAUCCUCCAUUGGUGGCAUUGAUGCUCCCGCGGUUGCCCUAAAAAGCUCAAAGGGCCCUCAUCACCAUCCCCACCGGCCAAUUCGAAAUACUCUGAGCGCCAUCGCAGCGACCCGCCGGCCGAAGAUAAACAUCAUGCGCGAAGAGAAAGACCGGUUCGAUGCCAUGCGUCGUAUCCAGUAUGAAACCUUGCGGUUUCGCCGGUGGAAUGAUCUGAUCAUAAGCUUCAUUGCUUUUGGGAUCGUGUGGUCUUGCGGAGCAGUUGUGUUCUGGAAACUAGAAGACUGGACAUACUUCAAUUCACUCUACUUCUGCUUCGUCUCGCUAUUGACCAUUGGCUACGGCGAUUUCACCCCCCAGUCAAACGCGGGUCGACCAUUCUUCGUGCUUUGGUCACUCAUCGCAAUCCCAACCAUGACCAUGCUGAUCUCUCAAAUGAGCGAUACGAUUGUGGCCAGCUUCAAGCGCGCCACGAGCAUCGUCGCCGACUAUGUUGUAUUGCCCCAAUCGCAUCUUUACAGGUCAUUCCUCGGUCGAAUACCCGGGGUUGCGCAGCUCAUGCUUGCCCGCCAGGAGAAGAAAAGACUCCAACGGGGAUUCCCAUUAGAAGGAGCCGAUAAAGCCCAAGCCGGCAAAAGUACACAUCCAACAAAAUCAGCUGAGUCCGAUAACGAUGAUGAUCCAGCGGCAGCACAUCCUCACAGAACACUCGAAGAGCUCGUUCGCAAUCCCGCACCCCUUGAACUUGCUCAGCAACUUGCCUUUGCUAUUCGACGGGCGACAAGACAUGCUCGCGAGGGUAAACGGAAGCAGUAUUGCUAUGAGGAAUGGGUUGAGUUUACCCGCCUCAUCAAGUUCACAGAUCCGCGAGCCCGGCCAUCGUCCCAGAACGGACAAUCAGAAACCUUUGAUGGAUCUGGCUCUUUAGAUCUUAAUGAGGAUGAGUAUGGGCUCUUGAACUGGGAUUGGAUCGGCGAGAACAGCCCUAUGCUGGCGAAACAAACGGAGCCGGAGUGGGUUUUGGAUCGAUUGUGUGAAAGUCUGGUUCGAUAUGUAUCGACACAAGAAGAUCGAGCUGCGGGUGCAGAGUCGGAGGAGCCAACCCUGAGAAAGGAGCGAGAUAUUGGCUUAGAUGGUUGA